GGUUUGAAAAUCGUAACGUAGGAUUGGAGCCGGGGUGGGCAAGAGGUUACCGUAGAACAGCGAUGCUAUGCGUUAUGUAAUUACAGCGAGGCUUAAGGAGCUUACCGUUGCCAUCGAUUGAGAGUAGACAUACUGCAUGAAAUAAACACUCACUACCACAAGAAUCAUUCGAUUACGAUCCAAGACUCGCGGAUCCGAAAGAGGAAAAAUAACAAAAGACAAUUCCACCUCACGCUACAGCUUACGAAAGCAUCAACGAGCAGAACCCCAAGCUCCUGAAAUCGCCAGCUCACUCCAAAGUUCACAACCCCGCUACUUCAACACCACAAACCCGUUCCCAUCAUCUUCUCUCGUCACUUCCUCCGCCAUGUCUAUCAUCCAGCAAGUAUCCAACGCCACCCUCUCCGACAAUUGGCGCACCAUCAACAUCGACGCUCUGGAUCCCGAUUCCUCGACCAACUUCGAUAUCUCCACGCUCUCGGCCCAGUUUCCCCCUGUCUCCGAUGCCGAUAUCCGGAAUCUAGCUCAGCAGGUGCGCCAAUUGCUUCGCGGAGGAGAUGCAGAGGGUGCUCUUCGGGGCGCGCUCGAAAAUGCUCCGUAUGGAAGUAGUGAUUUGGUGAAGGAGUUGCAUUUGGGGACUGUGAUGGAAGUGUUGCAGAGUAUCAAGGCGAGCGAGAUGACGCCAUUGUUGAAGAAGAUUAUGGGUAGUGAGGGGGGUGGAGAUGUGUUGGAUUGUUUGAUGAAAUAUUUAUACAAGGGCAUGGAAUCCAAGGUGAACUCAAGCUCGAGUAAACUUACUCCUCAAAGCACCGGUGGCUUCUCACAAAUUGGAGGGGGAAGACCAGGAGCGCAGAAUGAGAGUAGCGGUUCCUCAAUGAGUGUGUUGCUCAGUUGGCACGAGAAGGUCGUGGAGGUUGCGGGACUAGGAUGUGUGGGAAGAUGUAUGACUGAUUGGAGAAAGGUAUAAAUCAGGGGAAUGGAUAUUGGCAAAUAAUGACGACAGGUGUGGAGGACGAAGCACAGCUAGAAGGUUCGAGGCUAGGAGACUGGGGAGCGGGAAGUCGGAAGGCGAGAUAGCGGGAAGCUGUCUAGCUGAAAAAUGACUGACUCGCUUACUGGAGGAGAGAGACAAUAAAAAUAGCAAAUCGAUAUCUUUUAGACGUCGAUGAAUGGAGCGAAUUAACAAUCAUAAAUUAAGUCUAGGAUGUUUUCUCCAGCACCACUACUCAAAUGCCACAAAAUCCA